UUCUUGUUUUCUCGUCGUCUGCACGGUUAUUGCACCAGCUCCGCCCGCGAGCACAAUCUGCGCCGUUCACGAAUGACGCGGUAGACAAUUAUACACAACAUCGACGACUGUAUAAUAACAUAAUAAAUAUUAUUAUUCCGCUGUACACGUGAAAAUAUUGCCGUCGUCCGGGCGAGUUAUCCGCGUGAUUAUAAUAUAAUAACGACGUAUAUUUAUAUCGGUUUUUUUUCCCAUUCGCUCAAAACCUUCGUCCAAACAACGAACACGUUAAAUAAUAAAAACAAUAAUAAUAAUUAUAUAUAAGCUCACGUCUGUCACGCCGCGGCGUCGUUUCGAACACACAUCGGUGGCUAACGUUUUAUUGUCGUCGUUAUCGUCGUCGCCGACAUGGAGACGGACAGCAACAGCGACGGCGAAAUGAUGCCGACCGCCGCGCAGAUGCCACCCUACAGCAGGGCUAACAUCGAGCUGCUGAUCAGGAGACACCAGGCCGCCGUCACGGCACUCGGUCUGGCGUUCAACGGGCCGCCUCACAAUCACAGACCGAUGAUGGCGAACGCGGCUACGUCCGUGCCGGCGCCCAAGCACCAUACCAUCGACGCCAUACUCGGAUUGAAGCGCAACAGCCACAAAGAUCAGGAGUCCGGAGGAGAAAACAGCUGCAAUUCCAGUGACACCGAACAAAACCGUCAUCAGCUCGUGCCAUCCGACCAGCAUAACAUCAUGCGCAGCGGCGGUUGCGGAGGCGUUAUUGGUGGCGGUGGAGGAAGUGGUGGUGGAGGAGACGGCGGUGGAGAAGGAGGCCCGCCACAACAGCGUCGGUCCACCGACAUGGACGACAUGAGCGGCGGCGGAUGCGGCGACAGCAGUGACGGCGAGCCGGACGACGAGCAACUGUCCGGUGGCCGAGCUAGCGCGUCGCCCGCGGCCGCGGCCGGCGGAAUGUCGCCGCCCGACAAGAAAAAGCACCGUCGAAACCGCACCACGUUCACCACCUAUCAGCUCCACGAGCUGGAGCGAGCGUUCGAGAAGUCACAUUACCCGGACGUAUACAGCCGCGAAGAGCUGGCUAUGAAAGUCAACUUGCCGGAAGUCAGGGUUCAAGUAUGGUUCCAGAACCGGAGGGCCAAGUGGCGCAGACAGGAGAAGAUGGAGGCAGCCAGACUGGGUCUGAACGACUACGUGCAUUCGACGAUGACCGGUUCGCUCAGCCGGAUGCCCGGGUCCAGCCUAGCCCUUCCCGUUGACCCGUGGCUAUCACCGCCGCUGCUAUCCGCGCUGCCCGGUUUCCUGUCGCACCCGCAGACGGGCUACCCGAGCUACCUGACGCCACCAGUGGUGCAUUGCGGUCCGCCAUCGUCCGCACAGAAGUCGCCGCCGUCGCCACAACAACAGAUCACCACCAACGCCACGCCGCCGUCGUCAUCCUCGCUGUCCACGUCUUCAUCGUCCGCGGUGUCCACUGCCGACCCCAGGACAUCAUCCAUAGCUGUGCUCAGGCUCAAGGCCAAGGAGCACGUCGAGUCCAUCACGAAAGGAAUGCAAAUGGUCUAAAGCCCCCGCGUUAAUUCUCGUGUACCUAGGUAUAUAUAUACAAAUAACCACCGUAAAAAUGUAAUGACAAUAAUAACAAUAAUAAUAAUAUUAAUUCCGUAUUCAUAUCGUAAACUCAAUAAAAAUUACGUAAAGAAUCUUAUUUAUAAUUAUUAAUCGGUUCGUUUUCAAAUCGAAAACAUCUGUGUCCUUGUAUUAUGCAAAAGUUCUUAGUAAAAUUUUCAACGAUUUUCUUAAUAUUUACGAUAUGUUAUGCAAUUUUCCGUUCGGAUAGUGUGUGAAAUAUGACUAAAAAUCGUCAUCGAUAAGAUCAUUUACAAGAUUUACAGUACAAUUGACGAUUUAUUUCUUAGUAAGUAGGUUCUGUCACUAAAGUCAUACACGCCCACUUUCGCGCCCCAUCACAUUUUGUGUAUGCGUAAUAGCUACAGAAAUUAUAUUAAAUUAUUAUUGUUAUUAUUGUUAUUAUUCGUAAAAUUGACAGUUCUCAAAUAAAUGGUAAUAUUUACGGGAAUAUUGUAAUGUAAUCAUAAAUAAG